AUGACAGAUGCGACAACCUCCGAGAUGAGACGUACGCAAGUGUCCGUCUUUGCAUACUUUGUUCACACGGAGUCUGACGGAGAAGAGAGAAGAGACGGAGACAAGGUGACAGGCAAGCAAGCAAGCAAGCAAGCAGGGAAGACCUCGAAAGUCGAGCCAUGUUCGUCCUGCGCGCUUGCGAACAGACGUCAGACACCAAAAGUGUGCUGGUGCUUGAUGAUGAUGAUGAUGAAGAUGCUGAUCAUCUUAACUGGGAAUCAUGGACUACAUGGAAGUUUACAAUGCAGUCCAGCCGAGUUCCGCCCCGCCCAAACCCGCCACCAUCGCACGCGUAAGAUCAGUUGUAAAAGGUUUCCCGUCCUUGAAUAG